AGAGUAAGAAAAGGUUACUAGAGGUAUGUAACCUCUGACCUCUCACAGCUGGCGAAGAAGCCUCAUCCAUAUUUUCAACAAGAUGAUUCUCCCAGAUUUUGGAUGAUAUGAGUUUAAAACCAUCCAGGUGAUAUCUUCAACAUGAGCUAAGGUUGGUGUGUCCACUGUGUCUGGUGAAAGUGACCAUGCCUGCCACAUACCUGUGGUCAGUCGACUCUGCUGGGAAAGUCUACACACUUUCCACUGGGGGCAGGCAGUGGGAGGAGGUUAAAGGUGACAUUGAGUUGAAGAGAGUGAGUGCCACGGAGCAGUGUGCCUGGGGGAUCGGGUGUGACCACCAGGUCUACCUGUACGUUCACUCCAGUGAAGUGCCGAUCAGGUGCCAAGAAUCGACAUACGAAAACCAGAGAUGGAACCCAAUGAUGGGGUUUUCAGGCCAGCACCUGUUACCUACAGACAGGUGGCACUGGAGUAACCAGCAGGGCACGCAGCUGCAGCUGAAGGACAGCUGCACCCUCCCCUCCCCACACUGGAGCUGGGAGGACGACUGGUACAUCGACGAAAACAUCAGGGGAGAGCCCACUGACAAAGGGGGCUGGCAGUACGCGGUAGACUUCCCCGCCCAGUACGGUCCCAAGAAACGGUGGAAUUCCUGCGUACGUCGCAGGAAGUGGAUACGUUACCGACGAUACCACGCAACAGACAACUGGGCACUGGUGAAUGGACAGAUUCCAGGUGUUUUUGAAGACCCCCUGAAGGAACCGUUUAUCGACGUUGCGGCGGGAGGGGCAGAGUUAACGGACCAGCCGCCGGGCCGUGUCUCUGUCUGGACAGUCACUAUCAUGGGGAGGAUCUUUUACAGAACAGAGGUGCAUGCGAUGAACCCAGAAGGCUGCUCGUGGCAGGAGGUUGACAACGAGGGACGGGAAUGUACGCAGAUCAGCCUGGGGCCGUCCUGUCUCCUCUGGGCCGUGACCUGGGACGGAGAGGUCAUGGUCAGGGUCGGGAUCACACGAGACAACCCUAUAGGCACAUCCUGGCAGGUAGUGACCCCCCCGCGAGAGGACGUCCACUUUCUACAAGUGUCGGUUGGAGUCAAGGGCGUGUGGGCUGUCAGCAGAGGGGACAAGGUGUGGUUUAGGAAAGGAGUGGAUGCCACACGAGGAGCGGAGGACCAAAGUUCCCUGGUGGGGACUGCCUGGGUAGAGAUGGUGGGAGCCAUGGCACUCAUAUCAGUGGGACCAAAUGACCAGGUGUGGAGUCUUGAUGCCAAUGACAGGUACAUGGUGUAUUUCCGUAAGGGGGUCACCCCCUCAGAGCUCAGCGGGAAAACGUGGAAGGCUCUGGAGAUCAACAAGGGGGGUGCUGCAUCUAUGGACAGCAGCGUUUCAAGUAGUAUGUCUGACAUCUACAGCCAGACUAACAUGCUGUCCUCCCAAAUGGAUAGACUGCAAGUAGCAGUAGAUUCCUUCCCUGACAUUCAGCCUCAGGCUAGUGGACCGAACCUGGCAUCAGAUUCACUCACAGAUAACCACAGCCCUGAGAAAGGUGGUGAAGUAGGUAGUAAAUUCGAAGACAAACAGGAUUCAAAAGAGACCAGUUCGGUCAGCAAGGCAGAAAAGGAAGAAUGUUCUAGAGAAUCGGAAACUAAGGAAGAAGAAGACAACACAGAAAGAAAGGCGUCACAGGAAAGUUACAACUCUGACAUAUCCGAUACUGUUGCUGACUUCACUGGAGACUACGUACCACAGAAACAAGGUGCUGAAUCAAACAACAAAGCAGCCCAAACUCAAAGAACACCAGGAAACAUGCCAACAGGCAAACCAGAAAACACCCACGCAACAUUAGAAACCAGUUCUGAAAACAGAAGCAACGUGAUAUGUGGGUCUCAGGACUCCGGAAUAUCCAAAGGAAACGCAACAUCGUCAACAGAGAGCGUUAACGCCAGAGCUUCUGACGGAAAGCGGAAUCCCGUUCUGGAGAAGUUGCAACAAGAAGACGAGAGCCAGUCGGAGAGCAGCGGAAGUCGCCGGGGGUCUGCGACGUCGUUUAGCGGGAUGGACAUGUACGCAGACCUGUACCAGCCUGACCCAGCGUGGGUGUGGGUUAGCGGAGGGGGAUGUGUGAUCGACACGUUCACGCAACCUAACUGGUUUACUGCCGCACCCUCCCACACUAAUGGCAGGGGAAACUCCAUGCUUGGACCUCUGGACAGUAUGGCCAUCUGGGGACAGGUACAGAUCAACGAUGCCCCCUGGAGGAAGAAGGUCCUACUGCAGCUACAUGAAAGGACCACGAAAGAGUUACAGCCAUUCCAAGACUACGAACAAGCUAUUGAAAGAACAUCAUGGAUUAAGAAGGGAAGUCUUCAGUACUGGAGUGACACCAAGCCUCACCGUUGGGUGGACUGCCGGCUACAUCUGGAACAGAGCUCAGGGAAGGGCCUGCACGACUGCAAGUUCACCUGCUACUACAAGUACUAUGACUCUGAGAAGUACCUACAGUUCCCCCUGAGUGAGAUAGUCUGCGUACUGAGGGUGAACCACGGCGGGAACCAGCGCCCAGUCCUCGCCAUCUACACCGCCAAGAGAACCGCCAAGAAGGUUCCCGUCAGGCUGGCAUGCUCCACGGAAAAAGAACUUGAGGAUUGGUUGACAGCCAUCAGCCUGGCCUGCUGUGAGCUGCAGGGCUGCCAGGGGGCACCGUCAGGCAGGGCGGUGUGGUCCACCACGUGUAGGGGAGACAUCUUUGUCUACGAACCCACUCCUGACAUGGAAAUUACACCUGCCAAUCAGAUGUUCUGGAGACAGAUGGGAGGACACUUGAACAUGGUGGAGUGUGGUGGAGGGGGCGUGGUCUGGGGCGUCGGCUUCGAUGGUACCGCCUGGGUCUACGCUGGAGGGUAUGGAGGAGGCAUGUUUAAAGGUAUAGCCAGCAGUCCUGGAGGCAUCCAUACCCAGACUGAUGUGAAGCACAUCUACAUCUAUGAGAACCAGCGCUGGAAUCCCAUGACAGGCUUCUCUGAUAGAGGUUUUCCCACAGACAGAUACAUGUGGAGUGACAUCACAGGGAGACAGGAGUGUACAAAGGAGGGCACCAAAACACCAACUACAGAAUGGCACUGGGUUGGUGACUGGACUAUUGACUACAAACCACCAGGGGGUGCUGAUAAGAAGGGCUGGCAGUACGCUACAGACUUCCCCGCCACGUACCACGGGUAUAAAGGCUGGAACGACUACGUCAGGAGGAGGAGGUGGAUGAGGAAAGCGAAGAUUGUGACCACAGGCCCGUGGUUGGAGGCCCCGCCCCAGCACCUGAAGGACAUCGCUGUCCAGGUCGACCAACCAGAGAGCAGCACCGACCCCAUUGCAUUGUGGGCCAUCGGCGUGAAUGGUGACGUUCUGUGCAGAAUGGGCGUCAUCCAGGACUUUCCACAAGGUGUGUCCUGGUUACAUGUACCCACGGACCAGCCCAUGACAUCAGUUUCCGUGGGGGGGAACAGCAGGGUCUGGGUAACAGCACAGGAUGGAUCCGCCUUCUUCAGGAAUGGUAUAACCAAGAACGAGCCUCAAGGUACAUGCUGGUUCCACAUCCCGUCCCCACAUAACCGCCCCCUGGUGCAGGUGUCAGUUGGAGAGUCUUCAGUUUGGGCUGUGGACAAGCUCCACUGGUUGUGGUUUAGGGCUCAAAUAACUUCUACCUUUCCUGAGGGCACACACUGGGACUAUCUCAGUCCUAAUGUCAAGAAGGUUUCUGUUGGACCACAAGACCAGGUGUGGAUUUUAGCUGAGGACAGUCCAGAGAAGGGCACAUGGAUCCCGAUGGCUGACAAGGUCAUGGACAAGGUCAAAGAAAAGGUAUGGGUGCUGCAGGGUUACGUUCCUCCAGGGUCACGUGGGGUCGUAGGUCACAGGCUAGGGGUCAAGAUACCAGAGAUCCCUAUUGGCAAGACCUGGGACACCCAAGGCAUUGGGGGAGGGUGGAUCCACCUAAGUGUAAGAGCCUGCACAAAGCAAGAUCCUCCCACAGGGGUGUGCACAGAUGAUGCAGCAGCCACCAUUAAGGGUGUUCAUGAGGAGGAGGAGGCCAACAGUAGUGUGUACAACAGCCAGCCUGUGUGCUGAGGCAGACAUAUCAACAUAUUUGAAUCAUGUUUGCAAAAUAUUCUGCUAUGUGUAGGUAACCGUUUUUGACUCCUGAAUUUUGGAAUCAAAUUUGGGGAUAGUUUAUAUUUCUUUCAGAUGAAG